CUGAGUGCGACUGUGACUCCAACAUCCCAUAUGUUUGAUCUUUCUUUGCUCUUGCAACAACAUACAAAAUCUCUUCGCUUGCUCUCACUUUGGUUCCCAUGAGCAAUUUCCCUUGUCAUUCUUCUCUCAUUAUUACUCAAUUACUCAUGCCAGAUUGACGAUUUCCAGAGCAUCAUUUAGACUUGUCACUAGACUUCGUUCUUUGGACUAUCAACUCGAUCAAUUCACUUGGAUAUUUUGUCGCAGUUCUUCCACAUCCUUGUUUCGAGACCAAAUUGAAGGGAAACUAUAUAUCCCACGAUCUCAAGCACACCUUUGCUCCCAUUUAUAAAAUGGCUGCUACAAAUCCAGACCUCCCAGAUCCCACGGCUGACCUUCACUGGUCUGCGUUUCGAGGAGCCAUCCAUGACAUAUUCAGUGCCAAUGCUGAAGCACACCCAGACAGACUUUGUGUGGUCGAGACGGCAUCUGGUUCAUCACCGCGACGAGAGUUCACAUACCGCCAAAUCAAUGAAGCCUCAAAUAUUCUGGCCCACCACUUGGUGCAGUCAGGAAUUCAGAGGGGCGAAGUUGUCAUGUCCUACAGCUACCGUGGUGUAGACUUGGUGGUCACGGUUAUGGGUAUUCUGAAGGCAGGAGCAAUAUUCUCUGUCAUUGACCCUUCAUAUCCACCUGACAGGCAGAACAUCUACUUGGAUGUAGCAAGACCGAGAGCUUUGGUUGUCAUCGACAAGGCUACCAAGGAAGCUGGAGAGUUGACAGAGAAGGUCCGAACUUUCAUCAAAGAGAAUUUGCAUUUACGAACUGAGGUACCAGGAUUAGAACUCAAAGACGAUGGUUCUCUUGUUGGUGGAAACAUCAAUGGCAAAGAUGUCCUAGCAGAUCAAGUCCCGUUGAAGAGUAAGGGGCCAGGAAUUGUUGUUGGACCAGAUUCGACACCUACUCUGUCCUUCACAUCAGGUUCAGAAGGAAGACCCAAGGGUGUCAGAGGGAGACAUUAUUCCCUUGCCUACUAUUUCGAUUGGAUGGCUGAACGGUUCCGUCUCACGAAGAAUGAUAAAUUCACCAUGUUAUCAGGUAUCGCCCAUGAUCCGAUCCAACGAGACAUCUUCACUCCUCUCUUCUUGGGAGCUCAACUUCUUGUACCCUCCAAGGAUGAUAUUCAGCAUGAAAGACUAGCCGAAUGGAUGCGGGAACAUGGUCCCACAGUCACUCAUCUCACUCCUGCAAUGGGACAGAUCUUGGUUGGUGGAGCUAGUGCAGAGUUUCCAGCAUUGCAUCAUGCAUUCUUCGUUGGGGACAUUCUCAUCAAAAGAGACUGCGUGUCAAUGCAAAGACUUGCCGAGAACUGCUUCAUCGUGAACAUGUACGGCACGACAGAAACUCAGCGAGCAGUCAGUUAUUUCGAGAUUCCCAGUCGAGGAUCAGAACCAGAAUACUUGGGAAAUAUGGGCAAUGUCAUUCCUGCUGGCAAAGGGAUGAAGGAUGUGCAGAUGCUCAUCGUUGAUCGAGAAAAUCGAAAUCGUAUUUGUAGCUUGGGCGAGAUUGGGGAGAUCUACGUUCGCGCUGCUGGCUUGGCGGAAGGAUACUUAGGAAGCGACGAGCUCACGAAAACAAAGUUCGUGGACAGUUGGUUUGUGGAUAAUGCCAAGUGGGUGGAAGAGGACAAGAAAGUCGCGAAGUCAAUGGCCGAAGAACCUUGGAGAGAAUUCUACUUUGGUCCCAGAGAUCGCAUGUAUCGCUCAGGUGAUCUUGGACGGUAUAUGCCUAGCGGUGAUGUCGAGUGUGUUGGCCGUGCCGAUGAUCAAGUCAAGAUUCGUGGCUUCAGAAUCGAGCUUGGCGAGAUUGACAAGUAUCUAUCAGACCACGUUAUGGUCCUUGACAACGUUACUCUGGUCAGGAGGAAUAAGGAUGAAGAGCAAACACUUGUGAGCUACAUCGUACCGGAUAUGCAAAAGUGGCAAAAGUGGCUUGAGCAAAAGGGGCUCCAAGACGACACCUCGGGUGAAGGCAUUCAGGGCAGACUGCGCAGAUUUUGGCCACUUGGGGACGAUGUUAAGCAAUAUCUGAAGGAGAAGCUUCCAUCGUAUGCUAUACCUGAUGUCAUCAUUCCAUUGGAGAAGUUCCCACUGAAUCCAAAUGGCAAAAAGGACAAGCCAGCACUCCCAUUCCCAGAUGCCGCCCAACUCGCAGCAGCAAGACCUCAGGGAGCAUAUGUUGAGUUCUCACCAGCCGAGAAAGAAGUUGCAAGCAUAUGGGGUUCGCUCAUCCCAACGAUUGAUGAGAGAACAAUCAGUCCAAAUGAUUCGUUCUUCGACAUUGGUGGUCACAGUAUCCUCGCACAACAAAUGCUGUUCAAGGUCAACAAGAAAUGGACGACUCUCAAGAUCAACAUGAGCGUCAUCUUCCAAAAUCCCACGUUGAAAGGUUUCGCAGGUCAAAUUGAGCGCCGUUUGUCUUCAACCAAUGGCGACGUUAACGGUCAUGCUGACACCGUCGAAGAUUAUGCUGCAGAUGCCAAAGCGUUGCUCAAGACUUUACCAUCAUCUUUCCCGUCAGCCGACGAGAAAAUUGUUCCUUCGACAUCACUCACCGUUUUCCUCACUGGUGCAACUGGUUUCUUGGGUGCUUACCUACUUCGUGAUCUUCUUACACGUUCCUCACCGCCUAUCAGCAAGGUUAUCGCACACGUUCGAGCUCUUGAUUCCACUACGGCUUUGGACAGAGUAACGCAAACCUGCCAGGCGUAUGGCGUAUGGGACCCUUCAUGGACGCCGCGCUUGAGCUGUGUUGUUGGCAACCUUGGCGAACCACGCCUUGGUAUGGCACAAGAGACAUGGGAUAGGUUGGCGCAUGAGGUAAAUGUCAUUGUUCACAAUGGUGCUCAAGUUCAUUGGGUCUAUCCAUAUAGCAACUUGAAGCCAGCGAACGUGCAGGGAACACUUGACAUCCUGUCUCUCUGUGCGACGGGCAGACCUAAACAGCUCUCGUUCGUGUCUUCCACGUCUGUACUUGAUACUGAGCACUUCGUCAAACAAUCACAGGCUGGUAUCUUACUUUCAGAGGAAGACGAUUUAUCAGGUAGUGUGACAGGCUUAGGUACUGGGUAUGGACAAAGCAAGUGGGUAGCUGAGUAUCUCGUCCGUGCAGCUGGUGCUCGUGGUUUGAGAGGUACAAUCAUCAGACCUGGCUACAUCACAGGAGACAAAGCCUCAGGUGUAACAAAUACUGACGACUUCCUCAUCCGAAUGGCCAAGGGCUGUGUCCAACUCGGCUGCCGACCAAAGAUCUCAAACACAGUCAACAUGGUACCAGUUAACCAUGUCGCGAGAAUUGUGAUUGCUGCUGCGUUGUCACCACCCAAAACACCACUUGGUGUGGCACAAGUCACAUCCCAUCCGAGACUGACCUUCAGCCGAUACCUUGCCACCUUGGAAACGUAUGGUUACGAUGUCCCUGAGGUCGAGUAUUCUGCAUGGAGCAAGAAGCUACAGGACUAUGCCGUUGAGGAGGGUAAGGAGCAACAUGCUUUGAUGCCUCUCUACCACUUCGCUACCACAGAUCUUCCAGCUGAUACCGUCGCGCCUGAACUGUCUGACGAAAACGCUGCCACAGCAUUGAAGUCCGACAAGGAGUUCACAGGCGAAGAUUUAUCGGCGGGCGGGUAUGUUGACGAGGAAAUCAUGGGUGGAUAUCUUUCGUAUCUUGCAGGUAUUGGGUUCCUGAGCUUGCCGAGUGGGAAGGCGAAGAAGCCAUUGCCGCAGUCGAAGAUCAGUGCUGAGCAGAAGGUUGCGUUGCUUAGAGUUGGUGGUAGAGGAGCUCUGAUCUGAUAGGGAGCCAGCAUUUAGAUAUAAAGAAGCGACUGAGGCGUUGUGGUUUUCUUCGGGAAAAGGCAGCGAUAAAAUAGCUAUAUUCCAUGUCUGCUUGAAAAGAACCCUGCGAAAAGGAUAUAGGGGUAGAAAACAAAAGAAACAUUUUCCAACUCGAACCAGGUUGG